UUAUUUCUCUCUAAAUACACAUACCAAGAACUCUAGACCAAUCCAAACAACAACACUUUCAUCAUCAGCAUCAGCAGCAGCAGCAGCAGCAGCAGCAAAAUCACCACCAAAAGAAGGAAGAAAGAGAAGGAAAUUAGAAUAAAAGCAUCAGCAGCCAACCAUGAGUACCAUGAAGUUUUGCCGAGAAUGCAACAACAUUCUGUAUCCCAAGGAAGAUAGGGAGCAGAAAGUUCUCCUCUUUGCCUGCCGCAACUGUGAUCAUCAGGAAGUUGCUGAUAAUAACUGUGUGUAUAGGAAUGUUAUACACCAUGCUCCUGGUGAGUUCACUCAAGUUCUUCAAGAUGUUGCUGCUGAUCCAACUCUUCCUCGCACUAAGAGUGUUAGAUGUUCUGUUUGUAAUCAUCCUGAAGCUGUCUUCUUCCAGGCUACGGCGAGGGGUGAAGAAGGUAUGACCCUGUUCUUCGUCUGUUGUAAUCCAAGUUGUGGACAUCGGUGGAGAGAUUGAUUGCUCGAGUUCUGUUUGUCCACCGGCUCAUCAUUUUUCGCCAGCGCUUCUAUUUAUCUUGUUCUGUUGUAAACUAUCAAAUGAUUGAGAUUCUGAAAACCCUAAUUUGACAGAUCCUCAAUAAAACUAUGCCUUGCUUUGUGUCC